UGCGCAUGUGCAGCAGCAGAGCCGUGCAGCUCCAUCAUGAGCAACAUGGAGCUGUUCAUGGAGUGUGAGGAGGAGGAGCUGGAGCCGUGGCAGCAGGUGGAUGACGGGGUGGACGAGGACGACUUCCUGGACUACUGUGAGCCAGUGGAAGGAUCUCCGUCUCGGCCUCCGUCGCCUGAGACUCCGCCUCCCAAGCCGGCUCCGCCCCGCCCCCCCUCCCCCGCAGCUAAGGCUCCGCCCCCUUUAGCUAAGGCUCCGCCCCUAGCAGCCUCGCCGCCCGUCAGGGUGUUCGUCUCCUCCUCCGGGGCCCCGCCCCCGCUGACCCAGGCUCCGCCCCCGCUGACCCAGGCCCCGCCCCCACUGGCCCAGGCCCCGCCCCCGCUGGCCCCGGCCCCGACCCCUCUCAUCCUGACCCAGACGGCGGGGGGGACGUUCCUGCUGCCGGCUCACGGCGGCGCCGGUGGCGCCGGGACGCCCAUCCUCUUCACCACACAGGGUUUCCAGCUUCCCACCAUGAUGAACGCCGGCGGGCCGUUGGUUCUGAACCUGCAGCCGGGACAGACCAUGCAGCCUCUCACGCUCAUCCAGUCGCCGUCUCUGGGUCAGCUGGUCCGGCCCCGGGUCAGCAUCUCCCCGGCCCGGCCCCUCCAGGGCCCCGCCCACCCGGGAGGCCCCGCCCACCCGGGAGGCCCCGCCCACUUCUUCACCCACAUGCAGCAGCCGCUAACGCUGCGCACCAGCACGCCGGGAACCGUGAACCUGCAGCUGUCCCAGCUGAGAGGCUCCGCCCACCUGAAGCUGGCGGGCCCCGCCCUCCCGUCGGGCUCGGCCAACGGCGUCAGAGGCCCCGCCCCCUCGCUGGGCGUCAGCAGAGGCCCCGCCCCUUCCGUGGGCGUGGCCCUGGCCCCGGGGGCGGAGCCUCCCCGCGUGGUGAUGAGCGUGGAGGAGUUUUACUACGGGACGUUUGACGGAGACCUGAGUCUCCGGAAGGUCCAACCGCUCGGGAUCAAGACGGGAUCCUUCACCUGCCAGAUCUGCUCCCACCUGGCGGAGAACAACCUGAGGCUGAUGCAGCACAUGCUGCGUCACUCGGAGCUGGUGGAGGAAGCUAGCGGUGCUAGCGGUGCUAGUGUUGGAGAGCGUCAGUGCUGCCAGUUCUGCUACCGGCAGUUCAGCUCCCCGACCCAGUUACAGAACCACCAGGACCAGGUCCACGGCCCCGCCCCCUCCUCAUGUAUGUGUCGUAUCUGUGAAUGGGCGUUCGACAACGAGCCGACGUUCCUGAACCACAUGAAGACCAAUCACAAGCCUGGAGAGAUGCCCUACGUCUGCCAGGUGUGCUCGUACCGCUCGUCCUUCUACUCCGACGUCCUCCAGCACUUCGCUAGCUUCCACCGCGACUCUCGUUUCCUGCUCUGUGUUUUCUGUCUGAAGGUGACGAGGAACCCGGCUAGCUACCAGCAGCACCUGCUCCGUCACCAGGUGAGCCAGGCGUUCCACUGCAACAGGUGUCGUCUGCAGUUCGUUUUCUUCAAGGACAAGAUGCAGCACAAGCUGGAGAAUCACCGGAGCUUCAGGAGGCCGGCGCGUCUGGAGGGGCUAAUGCCGGGGUCAAAGGUGACCAUCAGGACCUAUGGGAAGGUGAAGACAGCGAUGACAUCAGCGAUGACAUCAUCACCAGGGAGCCGCCUCCUCCUAAGCCCCGCCUCCUCAGUCCAGCCAAUCAGGAUCAAGACGGAGCUGAAGAGUCCGGUCCAGAGACUCCUGGACAAGUCCCCGAGACAGGGACGCAGGGACCUCAGGGCGUGGAUAUCGGAGGAUCAGCGUCUGGUGUGUCUGGAAUGUGGAACCAACGCCUCGGACAUCUCGGCCCACUACCCCACCCACGCCCACUGCCUGCUAUGUCCUUACAGCAGCUGCUGCUCGCGGGCCUACGCCGCCCACAUGAUCCACCACCACCUGCCGCGCCCCAAGGACAAGCUCCUCCCCCUGCACCGGAACCCGCCCCCAUGCGUCUUCCUGCUAAGCUGCUCUCUGUGCGACUUCGGGCCUCGGUCGGCUGAUCUGAUGGCAGCGCACCUGGCGCUGAACCCGGAGCACCGCGCCGCCGUCUGCCGCCCGCGCGCCUUCGUUGAGCCCGACAUCCGGUUCCCUCUCUGGGAGGAGGACUGGUCUCCGGACCGGGACCAGGAGCUAGCGGAGGCUAGCUGGAGGUGUGCUAGCGCCUGGGGACGCCCCGGUGAUAGCGACGCGGGGCCGCCGGGCGUGCAGGCCUUCAGCCAGCCCUGCGGGCCGCACUACCACAUGUCCAAGAACACGGACGCGCUGGACUUCUUCCAGCUGCUGUUUCCCGCCGCGCUGGUGCGGCUCGUCGCCACGGAGACCAACGCCUACGCCAAGACGCAGCGCUACCUGGGCGUGGGCGCGCCGGACUGGACGCCCGUCACCGUCCCGGAGAUCCAGGGCUUCAUCGGCCUGGUGACCCUGAUGGGGGUGCAGAACCUGCCGGACCCGGCCCAGUACUGGUCCUGGAGCCACUUCGACAACAGCUACACCUUCUGCCGCGCCAUGAGUUACCGCCGCUUCCAGCAGAUCAUGGCUAACAUCUGCAUGGGCAGCUUCGCCGCUAGCGAGUACCGCGGCGAGCACCGCGACCGCGGCGGCGCCGACCCGCUGCACAUCUUCAGGCCCAUGAUGGACCUGCUGGGCGGGGCCAUGUGGGGGGCCUACCGGCCCAACGCCUGCCUGACCAUCGACCGGGCCCUGCUGCCCGGCCCCGAGGGCACGGAGGGGGGCCAGGGGAGCCAGGGGGGCCCCGAGGCCGGCCAGGGCAGCGGCCCCCCCAAGGGGGGCCCCAGGAACCAGACACACCCACAGGUCUGGCUGCUCUGCGAUUCCAAGUCUGGCUACUGCCACCGCUUCUUCGUCCAGGGGGGGCAGAAGCAGAAGGGGGGCGUGGGGUUCUUGGUGGUCCCAGAGCUGGUCCGGGGUCUGGAGAACCGGCACCACCAGGUGUACCUGGCCAGCUCCCUGACCUCCGUCCCGCUGAUGCAGCAGCUGCUGGAGCAGGGCGUGUACGCCUCCAGCUCCUUCCCCCCCCCGAGCCCCAUCCUGCCCCGGGGGCUGUGGGAGGACGGCCGGCUGGACCGCCCGGGGGACUACCUGCAGCGCCGCCUGGGCCCCCUGCUGGCCACCCGCUGGAGGGACACCAAGGAGAUGGGCUGCCUGUGCACCAACGCCGCGCCGGGGCAGCCGGACACCGUCUGGAGACGAUCCCAGACCCGGCUGGCCGAGCUGGACCCCAUCGGCCGGCCGCUGGCCUUCCGCCUGCUGCAGGAGAACAUGCGCGGCGUGGACAUCUGCAAGCAGCUGCUGGCCUGCAACCCGCUGGGGGGCGGCGUCCCGCAGGACCGGCGCCGCUGGCGCCGCCUCUUCUGGUUCCUGGUCAACCUCAGCAUCGUCAACGCCUUCAUCGUGCUGCGAGAGAGCCGCAAGGACAACCCGCCUCCCUGGGUGCAGGACGGCCUCUUCACCCAGGUGGCCUUCCGCCGGCGGCUGGGCAACCAGCUAGCCCGCUGCGCGCAGCGCUACCUGGAGAGCGUGGAGGCCCAGGGGCCCCCGAGGGCCGCCGAGCCGGCGCCAGAACCCCAGGACCCCGUCAAGCAGAGACACCGCAUGGUCAAGAUCAGCAGCAUCUCCAAGAGGUGCAGGAACUGCACCCUGAACGGCGUCCGCCGCGAGAGCGUGUUCGGCUGCGGCGCCUGCAAGGCCAACCUGUGCAAGCAGCCCGCCUGUUUCUGGGAGUUCCACGGGCUGAAGCCGCAGAAACGAGUGUCAACAAAAGUGGGAUUUCUGAAGGACCGAAUCAGCGGAGCCGUGGAGUGGGACGAGGUCAAAGACGACGAGGUCUGGGCGCCGCUGGACGACCUGGACUUCUCCGAGGACGACAAGCUGGACGACUUUGAGGAGGAAGAGAGACCAGAAAGCCUGGAGGAUUUGAACCCGGACGUGAAGCUCCCGGCGGCGUCUCCGUCCAUGCCCGACGGGCCGCAGGGACCGGCGGGACCGGCGGGACCGGCGUCCUCCAGGGACCGGGACGACGUCCUGACGGCCCGGCAGCUCCGGAUCGCCCUGUUCGCCCUCUGUGACGGACUCCGCCAGGCGUCCAGGGUCUUCUCCACAGACAUGGACGUGAUCCGGGCCUGGCUGAAGGAGGCCCGGCGGCGCUGGAGGAGAACCGGACCCAAGGAGGCCCCCAGCCCCGGGACGGAGCGCCUGCUAGCUUGGGUCCUGUCCAUGCGGGAGCAGCAGCUCCCCAUCACCGAGAGCAACCUGUUCCACAAGGCGUCGGCGCUGAAGAAGAAAGGUUCCUUCAGCGAGUCGUUCCGCAUCUCCUACGACUGGGCCGUCGGCUUCUUCCUGCAGCACCGGCUGGGCGUGACGAGCGCGGGCCGUGCGGCGGCGCUGGCCCGGCCCCUCCCGCCCUCCCUGGAGGCCAAAGUCUCCGCCUUCAGGCGCUUCACCCACCGGGUCUACCGGCGCCACCAGCUGACGGAGACGUCGGUCGCCGCCGUGGACGAGCUGAGUUUCUUCGUGGACCUGAGGUUAGCGCAGAACAAGCUAACCCGCGCGGAGGCGCUGGAGCUGACCGGCUCGUCCCCGCUGGUCACCGUGUACCUGGCGGCGCUAGCCGACGGCACCUUGCUACCGUCGCUGCUGCUAACGGCCCGGACGCUGCCGGGGAAGGCCCUGCCGGCGUCCGUCCUGCUGGAGACGAGUCCCCCGGGCCCGGAGGACCCGCUGGACCUGUGGGUCCGGACGGUCUGGCGGCGCCACCUAGCCGCGCUAACGCCGCGCUGCAAGUCCAUGCUAGUGCUGGACCGGCACCGCGACCACCUGGGGGAGACGGUCCUGUCCUCGGUCGGGGGACUGCGCUGUCUCCCCGCCGUCCUCCCCGGGGGCGUGUCCUCCCGUCUGCAGCCGCUGGACGUGUGUCUGAAGCCGGUCCUGACGCGGUUCCUGCUAGCGCGCUGGGCCCGGUUCACCGCCGGGGACACGCCGGCGCUGGAGGACGAGACGCCGCAGCGGCUGCAGGACAACGUGACAGGGCUGCUGGUGGACUGGCUGGUGGACGCGCUCGUCCUCCUGGAGACGCUGCCGCAGCUCUGGAGACAGAGCUUCGUCCUCACGGGACUCCUGCCCGAGACCGAGACAACCGAGGACCCGGGGGACAGAACCGGACAGAGACCUGAGGACGUCCAGGCCAGACUCCUGGAGACGCUGACGGAGACACUCCUCGGGGACGAGGGGACGGCGUCUCGUUGGACCGACCGCCUGGAACUGGAGGACGAAGACGAGACCGACGUGGACGAGCAGGACAAGGAAGAGGAAGACAUGGAGGUGGAGGACAGAGGGACGGAGACGGGGGGGACGGGGGACAGGAAGGACGAGGAGGAAGACGGGAAGGACACCGGUGUCAGGGACGAGGACGGGAAGGAGGAGCAGGAAAUGGACACGAGAGGACUAGGGUCAGGAAAGGAGGACAAGGAAGUGCCUGGGACAAAAGAGGACAAGGAGGAAGUGUUUGGGACAUUAGACAAGGACAAACAGGAAGUACCAGGGACAAUAGAGAAGGACAGGGAGGAACCAGGGACUAUAGGGGACGGGGGAAGAGAACCCGGGCUACUCGGGGACGACCAGGAGGAAGCGAAGACGACGGCGGAGGACAGCGAGGAGGAGGACAGGGACGUCCAGGACAGGACGGAGCUGAGACAAGAGAGACGAGAGACACGGAUCGUCAUCGGGGAGGAAGUCGGAGACGAGUGGAAGCUAACGUCCCCCGACGAAGAGGAGGAGGACCGGGUGGACGAGAGCUGAGGGACAGACGGGGGGACGAAGGUCCAGGAACUGGUUCUAGGACGAGGACCGGGGGACAGACGGGGUCCAAUCAUGUCCACAGACAGUUUUCACUAAUGACUGAGAUCAAAGCCUCUCCGACCGGCCAAUCAGAGCCCAGGAGCGGUAAAUGUGGGCGGGGCUACAGCGUCCCUGAGGACAGAGACUCCGUUAGCCGUUAGCCGCUAGCCGCCGUUAGCCGCCGUUAAUUGUUGCAAUUUGUACCAAGUAAAUAAAGAUGUUUUCAAAAACUG